AUGUCUAAAACAACCACCGAGUUCAUCUUCUUCAAGGUGAAGCCUUCCGUUCGUCCCGAAGACCCAAGGAAUGCAGAAGGCGUCGGUCUACUCAAAGUGUUCAGCGAAGCUCAACAUCAAAGCGGCCACGAGAAUUCCGUAUGGGGUCGUGCAGAAGAAGAUGAGAAUAUCAUAGUUUGGGUACUUGAUUGGACCGAUGCACGCAGCUUCGCUAAAACAGAGGAUCUAUCUUCCUACCUUGAUCCAGAUGCCCAACCACCAACAACAAUCUACACAACUCUCACCCCACCGCUCUCCAGCACGAACACCUUAACCAGUAACCCCAUUACGGAGCUCUGUGCCCUCACAUUUUCGAACGCGCUUUCCGUGCCGGAAACCAAAAAGUUGCACAGCGACUUGAUCAAUUUCCGAACUGCGCUAUUGGAUCACUUGCCGCAGGAAGUGGCGCCAAAGUCCUGGUCUAUGGGACAGGUGGAUCGACCGAGUAUAGUGCAGCAUGCCAAGAGUCCGAGUGGAAAGGCUGUGAUGCAUUUCAUGGUUGUGGGUUGGGAAUCUGUGGCAGUGCAUAAGAAGGCGAGGGAGACGGAUCAGUUCAUCAAUAGUAUUACUCCUAUUCGGGAGAAGUCGCUUGGGGCAAUUCCUGGAUUAGAUAUGAAGCAUGUUAGCUUUCGGAAGAUUUGA